AUGCUGGAGCUUCUUCACAAGGUGGACCAAUCAAGGGAACAGGGAAACGAAAGGCACUUUAGUUCUGUCAACCACAACCAAUCUUCUGAGAUUCCUGAAGGUAAAACUUCUGAUGCAUCUUUUCAUGUUCAGAAGAAUCAAUCUUCUGCUUCUCAAGCUUUUGGCUUGCAACUGGCUCCUCCGUCCCAACGGUUGCUCAUUCCAGAGCACGUCCUUCAUUCUCAGAGCCCCUCAAAUGUGAUUAAUUCUACGUGGUUGGCUCCUACAUCCUCUCUUCAGUCUUUAACUCCACAUGAAACGUCUCAUGGACAUUUGAGGAAUGCUAUUUGCAGCACCUCAAUGCAUGCUGGCAAUAGUGCCCAAAGAAAGUUUUCUGCUGUCUUUUCUGCUGGUUUCCCUUAUUCAAGAAGUCAUCUUUCCCAUGAGCAAAUGACUGAUACAGGUGGACAAGCAACAACCAGUGCAUCUGUUAAUGAAUCUUUCGAUCAAUUUUCUUCCCAACCAAAACAGACAGAGGAGUCUUCUGAGAGAGGUCAAACUAAUCAAUCUGCAUUACCAUCGGUGCUUGACAUGUCAAGGCAUAAUUCACAUAAUGAUAACGGGUCUUCUUCUGUAAUGUCCCAUCCGAGUGGCAACAACCAAAACCAUGCAAGAGAUUCUGCUCAACAAUUCCCAGUGCUAGAAGCUGCACCAGCUCCAGCUCCUCAGCACAAUCCUUCAUUACAAGAUGCUGUUUCUUCAAGAAUGUCACCUACUAUGUGGACCAGUGUUCCAACUCAGCUACGUCCAUUUGGUGCUCCGUUUCAGGCUCCGUCCAGUAUGUUUAAACCCAAUCUUCAAUCACAUAACAGUUCAGGCACAGCUUUCUCCAAACCACAGAAGCCAGAAGAUAUGCAAACUGGAGGGAGUAGUCAAGCUGAGUCUAGUGUCUGUUCAAUGAAUUCACAUGGUCUUAUUGGGAAAGAGCAACUGGCAAAAGGAGACCACUUGCAGCAAGUUUCACCUGAGAAUGAGCAGGCCCAGAAGACGAGUGCUUCACAUGAGAAAGACUCUGUUGUGAAUCAUCUUACUGAAACGUCUCUUUCAAACCUAGCCAGUACUCAGAAACAAAUUGAAGCUUUUGGCAGAUCUUUAAAACCCAAUAAUACUUUGCAUCAAAAUUACUCCCUACUGCAUCAAAUGCAGGGCAUGAAAAAUGCAGAGGUUGAUCAUGGUAAUAGGAGUUUGAAGAGAUUUAAAAGUCCUGAUGGUUCCGUGGAUCCUCAGCUGAUAGCUACUCAGGGAGGUCAGCAGUUUUAUGGACUCAAUAAUAUGGUCAGAGAUGCAUCAGCAAAUCGCACUUCAAUACCUCCAGGAGAUUCCAAGAUGCUAAGCUUUUCAGGAAAAACAGCUGAUAUUCGGGAUACAAAUGCAACUUCAAAGGAAAUGCUUGCAUUUGGUCGGAAUGAUUCUCAGAGUUUCACUAAUAGCAAUGAUGCAGUUUCUGUCAGAGGUGAGCAUUCCCAGAUUAGUCCCCAGAUGGCUCCAUCCUGGUUUGGUCAGUAUGGAAACUUUAAAAAUGGACAGAUAUUACAAAUGCAUGAUGCACGAAGAACUGUCACCAUGAAGACUUCAGAACUGCCUUUCACCGCUGGAAUGCCUGAUGAUCCAUUGCAUGUUCAUAGUUCAAUUGAGCAAGGAAAUGCUGCUGCUGCUGCUAGCCAAUUUGGUACACCUGAUUCUGCUGAUGUGAGUCUGGUGGUUACGAGACCAAAGAAACGUAAAAGUGCCAUAUCCGAGCUUGUAAUGUGGCAUAAUGAAGUGAUACAUGGUCCUCGAAGGCUUCAGAAUAUCAGCACUGCUGAAGUGGACUGGGCACAGGCAACAAAUAGAUUGACAGAAAAGGUGGAAGAUGAAGUUGAAAUGGUAGACGAUGGUCUUCCAGUCCUUAGAUCAAAGAGGAGGCUUAUAUUGACUACACAGCUUAUGCAGAUGCUCCUCCGCCCUCCCCUGGGAUCAAUUCUCUCUGCAAAUGAGAAUGCUGCGUACUUCAUUGCCAGAUCAACACUAGGAGAUGCAUGCAGCACACUCUCUUGUACUGGAAGUGAUACUCCUGUGCCUUCCAACGGUGGAGACCUCUUGCCCAAGAAGAUAAAAUCAUCUGAGAAGGUUAGCGAUCAAUACUUCUCAAAAGUCAUGGAAGACCUUAUCAGUAGAACAAGGAAGCUGGAGAGUGAUUUUUUGAGAUUGGACAAAAGAUCAUCAGUUUCAGACCUGAGAGUGGAAUGCCAAGAUCUGGAGAGGUUUUCUGUUAUCAAUCGUUUUGCAAAGUUCCAUGGACGGGGUCAAGGUGAUGGGGCUGAGAGCUCAUCAUCCUCAGAUGCAUCUGUAAAUGGUCAGAAAUCCUGUCUUCAGAGAUAUGUCACUGCACUACCCAUGCCUAGGAAUCUUCCUGACAGGAGAGAUUGGGGUUCCCCAUCAUUUUUUCCAGUAAAUGGGGAGAACAGAUGUGCAGGCUGGUUUAGCAAUGAUGUUUACACAUAG